CCUUCCUUUCCUCCAUUCCCCGCCAUGCUCCUGAGAGAGCCCCCCGCCACACCGCUCUCCUCCUGGGAGCGCGGGAUGGUGCUCCUCUCCUGCGCCCUCUCCGUGCUGGGCUGCUGCCUGCUGCUGGGCACCCAGGCCCGCUGGCCUGAGCUCCGGACCCGGCCACGCCAGCUGCUCUCCUGCCUCUCGGGGGCCGACCUGCUCUCGGCCGCCUCUUACGCCUACGGGGUGCUGAAGGACUUCGAGGCCACGUCCUGGGACUGCGUGGCGCAGGGUGCGCUCUCCACCUUCGCCAACACCAGCUCCUUCUUCUGGACCGUGGCCAUCGCCCUGGAGCUCUACUGCUCCAUCGUCCGGGGCUCCACCGGCACCCGCUUGCUCUGCUGCUUCCACCUGGUGAGCUGGGGAGUUCCCCUUGGCAUCACCACGGCCGCCGUGGCCUUGAAAAAAAUCGGUUACGACGCGUCAGAUGUGUCAGUUGGCUGGUGCUGGAUUGACAUCAAUGCCGAAGACCGGCUUCUUUGGAUGCUGCUGGCAGGGAAAUUGUGGGAAAUCCUCGCUUAUGUGACCUUGCCUUUUUUUUACAUCCUGAUAAAGAAACACAUCAGCCGAGCGCACGCAGCCCUCUCGGAGUACCGGCCUAUUUUAUCCAGGAACCCGUCUUCCCAAACGAGAGCCGCCUCCGUAGCGGACAAGAAGCUGACCUUAAUCCCGAUCGUUUUCAUCUUCCUGCGUAUCUGGAGCACCAUCCGGUUUGUGCUGACGCUUUCCGGCUCCCCCGCAGAUCAAAACUGGCUCCUGGUGGUUCUUCACGGUGUCGGGAACACCUUUCAAGGAGCUGCAAAUUGCAUCCUCUUUGUCUUUUGCACCCGAGUCGUCCGGAAUAAACUCUUGUCUUCCUUGUGCUGCUGGCGACGCUCAAACCCGGAGCCUCCCCCGCCAAGUUUGGAGACCAGCUCCCAAGCAGAGGCUCCCCUUUGCAUAGACUGGGAGCUGCAAGGCAGCAAUGGCGCAGGGGGAGACUUAUCCAGCCCCUGAACGUUGGCCUGCGUCGUGGUGGAAAUCACCUUUUUGCCUGGUGCGACUCUUCACCGUAAACCAAGAUGCCGAGUGCCUAUCACGGAUGAUACCCAUUCACCCGAGGAAGAAAAAAAAAUAGACUUUUGGACUUUUUUUUACAGAAAAAGAAAACAGUUAAGAAUUUCACCAUAAAAUGCCUGGAUUGGAAUUCUUCCAAAUAAGUUUUCUCAGGGUGUUUUCUUCCUCCUCCUCCUCCUCCUCCUCUUCCUCCUCCUCCUCCUCCUCCUCCUCCUUUUAAAAAAAGAUGCUAUGAAGACAUGUUGUUUUUUUAAAUUUUUAAUUCAAGUUUUAAGCAUAAAAGAGAACGUGUGGAGUGAAAUGUUAAGGAGCGAGACUUUCCAGGAUUAAAGGGGGAAAGGAAAGCCAUUGUCUGUCAGCACCCUCUUUGGAAAUCAUAGAAGAAAGAGAGAGAGAGAUUAUAGGUCCCAUCAUCCUCAACUAGCCUGAUCAGGGAUGGACGCUGGAGUUGAGCAAUUGCCUACAAUUUUCUGCUUGAAAUGAUGCCUUCAAGAGAGAUACUUGUGGUCCUUUGACUCUGGGAGGACUGUAGCGAAGGAUGCAUAUCAGUUAAUUCUGAUUUUAUCGCAAGCCACUCAGGAAAGCGAUCAACUCAAUGGACACCCACAAUUUGGGGGGAUGCUGCUUUGUUGACCUUCAAAUAAAUGCUGCAAUU